UCGCUGCCUACUUACAUUCACACACACUAACACAACCACCGACCGCCGGGAAACACGAUGCACACCCUCGCGACGGUAGCAACGGUGCUCACCGCACUGCUAGCGGUAUCGGCACAGCAGUACCAGCGACCUGGCGAUAAUUAUAUAGACGAUUAUGCCCAAUAUGACUCUCAACGACCUAGCCAGCCGACUCCACGUAGCUACGCGACCGAUCCGGAUCGUCAAUCGGCUGCACCAGCGAAUCCGAAGCCGACGCCGGUGGCAAUUCUGAAGCAAAUCAAUCGACACAAUGAGGAUGGCUCAUACACGUACGGUUUCGAGGGUGCGGAUGGCUCCUUCAAAAUCGAGACCAAACUGCCGACCGGCGACGUGAAGGGCAAAUACGGUUUCGUCGAUGACACCGGCAAGGUCCGUAUAGUCGAAUAUGGCGCGGAUCAGUAUGGUUUCCAACCGGCCGGUGAAGGUAUCACCGUAGCUCCUCCAACCCUAUUCGACGAGACCACCAGCAAAGAAGCUCUCGCGGCGCAGGCUUACGAGGAGCAACAACAGCAACAGCAACGGCAAUUGGCUCGUCCAGCUUAUCAGCCACAGUCACACACCCAAGCUGUAUACGCUCCCGCGCAGGUAGCCCCAAGCAGACCCGCGCUUCCUAAACCUCCAAUUUUCACUCCGGCUGCCGCAGCACCCCAAGCGCCGCGACAGCAGGCUCUGCUGCACCAGAACUACGAACCAGCACCGUCCUCACAGCUCUACAAUCAGGGACCAGCUCAGUUCAGUCCAGCGCCGAAUCAGGCUAAUGGCCGUUCCCAACCGCAGGCCCGCAGCGGCGCAAAUGGCGGUAUCCUGGACCAGCUCGCCAGGGACUACGCUCUGCCUCAGGGAGUGGCACCGCCGUUGCACGACAUCAGCUUCGGCUACUACUAGGCCGUCUAGUCCUACUCCUUUGCCUACCGAAGAGUAGGAGAGUCUGGGAUCAAUCGUUUGAACCUCAACAAAAUUUUAUGCCGCUCAACUGUAACGCUAUAUUGAAACUCUAAUGUUUUUCAUAGAAUAGAUUUACGUUACAUCGCUGUAGAAUUUAAUUUUCGUGUAGAACAAUUAAGCGCUAUAUACAUUAUAAUAUAGCUAUAAGAGUGCGAUCUAUUUAAUGUUGCAAAUGUUUCGAAGCACUUGAUUGACUAUCAGAAAAAUUUUACUAACUGACCAAUCAAAGAAUGCUUCAAAGUAUUUAUAGUAUCAAGUGAACCGUAGCCUACAUAUUAUGAUUGAUCCCAAAUUCGAUUGCUUGUUUCGGUUGCGUGUUGGUCUUGUAUUCUAUUCGUGAAUGGGACGCGUCGGCGACUGGAUAACUCGUCAUAAUUUCGGCGUGGCCCACUCUACCUGAAGUGGAUGGCAGUGUGAUUGAUGAUUGUCGCGAAUAGAUCAUAUAUUACAAUUGGAAGUUGAAAACUAUUAGUCUAUUGACGUCUAAAAUCGUAAGUCGAAAGAUAAAAUUCUAUUCCGUCCACGUAAUACGAUUUUUUCACAUUAAUAGUAUUUAAUUAACAAUUAAAAUAUGUAUCCAA